UUAUGAAAGCUGUUAGAAGCUCUCUCCUCUUUCAACAACCUACAAUUUAUAACUGCAAAAUGGGAAAAGCACAUGAGUGUAACAGUGAUGCCAGAGGCAAAAAAAAUGAGUUUAGUUUGGUCCGGGUUAAAAGUACAUGGAAGAGCAAAUUAGGAAAAAAGAUCAAUAAGAAUGAGGCUGAAUGUGUCUCACCUGCAAAAAUCUAUGAAAACAUCACAGAAAGGGGAUCUUCUUGGACUGUGGUCAGCCCAAUCACUUUCACUUACAAGGUCACCGAGACUCACGGUUUACUAGACCCAAGCAACGACACUCUUUUGUUUGGCCACAUCACCGACCCCCAGCAGUUGCAAGAAAUAAAAAUAUCAAAUAAGCCCAUUAGACGUUUUUUGGUCAUUGACCAAGAGGUCUUUAACAUCUAUGGGCCAAAGCUCACUGAAUACCUCACGGUUAACAAUGUUGUGUACAAGAUCUUAGCUCUUCCAACCAAUGAGGAGAGCAAAUCUAUGGAAACCGCUCUGAAGAUCCUUGAUGAUGUUAACAACUUUGCCCUUGACCGACGAACGGAGCCAAUCAUUGCCAUUGGUGGAGGAGUUUGUUUGGACAUAGUGGGGUUGGCAGCUUCAUUGUACCGGAGACGCACCCCUUACAUUAGAGUCCCCACAACUCUUCUGUCUUACAUUGAUGCCAGUGUAGGGGCAAAGACAGGGGUAAACUUUGCCAACUGCAAGAACAAGCUUGGGGCUUAUAUUCCACCUGCUGCUGCCCUCCUUGAUUUGUCAUUCAUAGCAACGAUUCCAAGAAGACACAUCUCCAAUGGGCUAGCAGAAAUGCUAAAGAUGGCUUUGAUGAAACAUCAAGGGCUCUUCGAGCUUCUCGAGGAACAUGGCUGCAUGCUGUUAGAUACAAAAUUUCAGACUGACAGCACUUUAUAUGGGCACAGCAACACUGAUGCUGCAUCACAGACAACCCGUAUAGCUAUCACAACAAUGCUGGAGGAGCUUGCCCCAAACCUCUGGGAAGAUGAUCUGAACCGCCUGGUGGAUUUUGGCCACCUCAUAAGCCCAGCAUUAGAGAUGAAAGUUCUUCCGUCCUUACUUCAUGGUGAAGCAGUGAAUAUUGACAUGUCUUAUAUGGUAUACGUGUCCUGUGAGAGUGGCCUUUUAACAGAAGAAGAGAAGCAGAGGAUCAUCAGCUGCAUGGUUGGCCUGGAGCUUCCUGUCUGGCAUGAGGAGUUCACUAUGGAGCUGAUUCAGAAAUCUCUGCAGGACAGGCUUAAGCAUUCUGGUGGCCUGGUCAGAAUGCCACUACCAGUCGGUUUAGGGCAAGCAGAAAUCUUUAACAACACUUCAUUUGAUACCCUGCACAGAGCUUACAUCAAGUGGUGCGAGGAGCUGAGUGUCUCUUCUGACAGCACCUGUGAUGUUUGAUUUACACAUCCUUUAUCUGCCUCAGGGCAGUUCCAAAAAAAUGUACUUUCAUUUUGAGAUGUAAAUGUAAUAUACUUUACUCUGCUGCUGCAUGGUUCACUUGGAUGGGUAAAAAGGUGUUGUAGUUAAACAGCAAGUUUAGAAAGUAUGUCUUUCGUAUCAUGGCCACCAAGGGCAAAGGGUUCUGCUUUAUUUACAUUGACAGUAUUUCUAUUGAAUGGCUUAGACUGAGCUCCAUUCCAUCAUUCAUAGAAGCCGUUUUCUUUAAAUAGUACAUUG